ACUGGAUGUGCAUCUCUCUUUGAUUCCUGGUCCAUCCAAAGUUUAAGGCCAACUGCCUAGCAGUGGCAGCCCGGCUUCUAGUCAGGCAACACUGAGGGAGUCAAUUGACUUAAUAGCUCAUUAUAAUUUACUUGUUUCCUUGUAAACUCUUCAUUCUAUAGGUGUUAACGACCCUAUUUUCUUUUAAAUUGUCCUUAAUGGUUCCACUUCUUCAGCUAUCCUUACUGCAUAGAUUUCCAUAGAUUUCAUAGAUGUUAGGCUGGAAGGGACCUGGAAGAUCAUCAAAUCCAGCCCCCUGCCCCAGAGGCAGGAAGUGCUGCUGUGCUUCUGCAGUGCAGCUGUCUGUUAGUUGCUUCUAGUAAUGUAGCUCCUAUUUCAUAGCCCUGCAGACUGUUAUUUAACUGUAGCUAAAAACAUUAACCCAGGUGUGGAAAUAUUAAGUCAGGUAAACUUUAGCUCAGGUGUGGAAAUCACUUUCCAUGUAACAUUGGAGGCACUGUCCAGAUGCUCAGGAAGAUUUGAUUUUGUUUUAUGAUCCUGAAAAAUAGAUCUAUAUUUAACUAUAAUGAUUCCAGGACUAAUAAAACAAUGUCUUUGGAUUAAUUUGUGACUAGUUUGUUGUGUUUUAUGUGAUAUAGUAAAUUAAUGCACAUUCCAAUAUUUUUUUCUUUACUCUUAAACUGAAUAAUAUAGCUCUAAGCUCCUACUUAAUAGUGAAACUUCUAGUUUCUUUUUAGCUAGAGAAAAAUGUGUGCUGCGUUGUACUGGUGAUGCCCUCCACCCCCUCCUUUCAAAAUCCUAGGUCUGUCUAUGAACCCAAGCAUAAGGAAGCAUCAAGCAUGUGCAAAGUGAAUGUGCUGGUAUUUUUUUACAAUUCUACUAGUAAGAAAAGUGAGUGGUGAUUUUAAGUUCCUCAACUUUCCAGGGGCCCAAUUUGAGACAAUGCUGAAGAGGGCAGGUGUGCAAAUCUUCUGCAAAUCAGGCCCUUUUAAGGUGUUUACAGUAAGGUCUUUAAGCAUCAAGACACCUGGAAUCAUUGGCUGCUUGCCAAGAUCUUGGUACAAGCCCUAAUGCAGUGAUUGAUCUGAAGUAAACCCUCUUAUCCAGACUGCACUAUGUUAAGGUGUAUAACCAAACCUUCAAACUAGGCCUCAUCUCUAAAGCAAGCCAUUACAUCAAAGAGUCCAGCAAACUGCUUCUGUCUUCAUACAUUUGGUGCAGCUGAAAAUUUCAGAUAGCUCUAAAGCUUCUGUAAAUAAAGGUGUGAAUCAAGGAAACUGAGCAGGCUGCCUCCAUCCUUUCUAAUACUUUUGCUAUUAGGUGACUGAGAAAAUUAUCAGCCUCAGUCACAUUCCUAGUCAAAUGUGCACUGUCAUCAAAUUAAAUCCUAAACCAGUUAGUUAUUCUCCACCAGAGUGCUGUGGGGUGCCUUGAGAUCCUUUCAAGGGCGUCAGAGGUUGCCACACAAUAUUAGCACUGUUAGGUGUGGAAAUAUAGUUCAAGUGAUAAACCCAGAGAUUUCAAAUAGGAAUUCAUGGCGUUAAAAACAUUAGGACCUGCUGUGGUCUUUCUGAGUUCUUUGCAAUAGGAAUUGCUCUAGUAUUUUUCUGUAGUCAAAAGUCAUGUGUAGAUGAAAUGAGGGGCACGUGUGCAUAACACUUUAAAGUGGGUUAAAUGCUUUUGCACCAGUUUAAUGGUGUUGGUGUUUGCAUGCAUCCACAGUGUAUUGUGCAGUACUUCUAGCCACUGUAGCAAAUUUGGUGGUGUAAUGAGCCUUAAAUGACUUGGGGCACAGCAAACUAAAACUCCUACAGCUGCAAAGCGAAGCACUAUGCAGCCCCACGUCUCUACAGGAAGUUCUGCAGGCAGCCUGGUACCAGCCCAAAACCUGCCUGCCUGACAGCGGAGCCUGCCUGCCUGCCUGAGCUGCGCAGGGGCCUGGUGCUUCCCUCCAUGGCUGCAGUGCCCCCCCAGCACCGCCCAAGGUGGGUGCCUGUGGGCAGGUGCUGCCUGUGGGGGGGGCUACUGCUGCCAUGGAGGGAAAAAGCAGACCCCCCCCCCCGCUCCACCCGCCGGCAGCUCACCCUCCCCUCCACGCCACCAGAGAGCCAGCUCUCUAAGCAGAUAUCCUCGUCCAAGAAGAAAGGACAUGCCAUGAGUUUCCCACCUGCGCUGUUGGAGGGAGUCCGGCAAAGGACUGAAGAGCACAGAUUCAUCUGUAUUUACAUCAAUACCUCUUGUGCCUUCCAGAAUGAAAAUAACAACACACUGCUAAACAACUACAUCUUAGGGGCUACUCUAAGAAAUACCUCUGUAAGGAACCUCAGCCACCCUGUGGAGAUGCGCUUCUGGCAUGACCGUGUGCUGGACAACUCCACUGCAACCUGUGUCUUUUGGUUGGAAGAAGCAGAGAGUGACAGCCGGGGGACCUGGAGCAGAGAAGGCUGCAAGACCAUCCAUGAAAGGCACAUGGUCCUGUGCCAGUGUAACCACCUCACUUACUUUGCUGUGCUGCUGCAAAACUCCUCAGAGGACAUCAAUGAGAACCUCCUGGCUCCUCUCACCUAUAUCACCAUCAUAGGUUGCAGUAUCUCAGCUGCUGCCUCUCUUCUCACCAUCCUCUUAUACCUUGUCUCCAGAAAAAAGAAGGGUGAUAAUACAACGAAAAUCCACAUGAAUCUCCUGGGUGGCCUCUUCUUUCUGAACGGCUUCUUCCUACUCAGCGAGCCCCUAGCAUCGUUUAAUCUCAUGUGGCUCUGCAGGACUGCUGCUGUAUUCCUCCACUACUCCCUGCUCUGCUGUUUUACUUGGAUGGCCAUUGAGGGCUUCCACCUCUACCUGCUCUUGAUCAAAGUCUACAACGUGUACAUCAGGCGAUACAUCCACAAGUUGUGCAUGCUUGGCUGGGGUCUGCCAGCAAUAAUAGUGAUUGGCAUUCUCAUCGCUAAGAAAGAGGUCUACGGGUUCCAUCAAAUCAAAACCAGUGGUCACAACUACACUGCUACCAUGUGUUGGAUCACAUCCAAGAGUAUCCAUUACUUUAUCAACCUGAGCUAUGCUGGGGUCACCAUGCUCUUCAACAUAGUUGUCUUAGUCAUCGUACUGAGGAUGCUGAGGAACAUUCCCAGUCAGAAAGAACGAGCAAGAAGGGACAUAGUGACAGUGCUAGGGCUGACAUGCCUGCUGGGAACAACCUGGGCCUUUGCCUUCCUCAGUUUUGGUGUCUUCUUGACUUUUCAGAUCUUCCUGUUCACCAUCAUAAACUCUCUCCAUGGGUUCUUCAUCUGCCUCUGGUACUGCACCAUACAUCGGAAAGUGGAUGGUGGCUUUACAAGUGAGACUUUGCAGACAACAAAAUAGACCAUUCUCUUGGCUUGUGCUCCAGGAUGGCACAGCCCAGGGGCAAAUAAUGGUCCAAGAACAGACUCCCUCGUAACAGAACCAGCCUGCUGCUGGCUGCUGCACAUAUGAGUUGCUUUGAGAAUUGACAGGUGUGCCAAGGGCGUUCUCUGCUUCCAAUAAGAAAAAGAUACAGUCUUCAGGGCCUUAGCAAGUGAGGCACAAACAACAUAAUAAACCUUGAAUGGCCCUUACAAAGUGUUCAUCAGGGGACUUGCAGCCCAACACAGUCUGGUGUGUUCUGCACACUCAGGAGACUGAGGUGCAGCAGAACAGCUAUUCUCAUGCUACAGAAUGGCCUGUUCCCUACAAGUCUUAAGGAGACAGUGGGGCUGUUUGGGGUAUGGGUCCUCUCUGCAUUGCACCAGGCAGCUUCCUUUGCCCCUGAGUGCACAGUAGGUAUAAGCUGCUACUGGAUCAGCAUUAGCACAUAAUCACACUGACAGCACUGUUAUUCCACACAGGUGUAAAUGCCAAUGCAAAAGAACAGAGCGGGGCAGAAUCACACUCUGCGUGCUUGUUCUCACCAGGAAUUACAAACAGCCCAACAGGACCGUAUGUUUGCUUUCGAAUUACAUAGCGAUAACUUCCUCAUCAGGGCUAUGGAAGACAUUAAAAAAGCCAGAGCCUGAGUGAUUCAAUCUUUGCAGGUUAGUCUAACCUGCCUAGACUGAACUGAUUUGCAAGUAAACAGACAUUUGCUUUUGACUCCAGAAAUGCUAGCACAUGCAUGCAGUGGCUCAGGCCAGGCGCCAGGGGGUGCUAGAGUGUGCCUUUGGCUGCAGGGAAGCUGUGUUGGGGGCGAGGGGGCAGCCAAGGCAGUAGCUUAGAGACAACUGGGCAAGAAGGUGGUUUAAUUCCCUACUCCCUGACCCACUGGCACAGACCCAAGCAGGGGUCCUCCAGGUGCUCCCCCCUCACUACCUCAGUGGUGGGGGCAGGGGUGCAGCCAGACACUGGCCAGCAUGGUCCCCUGAGGCAGAGAGGGUAAGGAGGUUUAUUCCCCUCAGGACCACAGCCAGGGUCUGUCAGCCCUGACCGCCCCCAGCAUGGGGCAGAGCUGCCACAGACUGUGCUGGGUGAGCAGUAGCACUGGGGCUGGGAGGGGUGGCCAUAGCCCCCCAGGCCCCACCCCCAGUGCCGCUCGCCCCGUGCAGUCUGCAGCAGCUCCAACUGCCCUACAGUGCGCCCCCUCCCCCAGGAAGAGGCUUGCACCCCAGCACACCAUGACAGGGGGUACUGCCCCCAUCAAGGGCCCUGCCCCCUCGCUGCUUUAGCUGGGGUCUGGGAGACCUCAGCUGCGGUCCCACAGGGGCAGUGGGAGCAGAAGGGGGAAUAACACCCCCUCCCUGUCCCUUCUGCCUCAGGGGCUAUGUUGGCCAGUGUCUGGCUGUGCCCCUACCCCCGCCACUACAGCAGUGAGUGGGGAGUGCCAGGCAGACCCAGCUUGGGUUCAUGCUGGUAGGACAGGGUGGUGGGGAUUAAACCUCCUCCCUGGCCAGUUCACUCCAGGCUACUGCUGGGGCUGGCCAUGCCUCCACCACUGGAGCAGCCAGUGGAGAAAUGCCUGACAGGUCCAUGCUGGUGGGACAGGGGAGGGGCAGGGGAAUAAACCUCUUCCCUGCUCCCUUCUGGGGCCAGCAUCUGGUCAGAUCCCUGCCCCUGCCUCUCCCUGCUCCAACUGGGGAGCAGAUGGGCAGAGCCAGCCCUGCUCUGCUGGAGCAGAGAACACAGUCCAGCCCACAGAUCAUGCCAGGAUGCUGGGGGACUUCGGUUUAACUUAAACCAGGAAGGGGUCUGAGACAGAAGUUGUAUAAACUGGUUUGAGCUCAAUCAGUUAAGUCUGAUACCACAUUCAGCCAGGUUUAUCUCAAACUGUUUUUUGCCAAAACCACCAUUUUGAAACUGGUUUAUUUGCCCUGGACUUAUGUUCUGUUACAGGUUUAAACCAGUUUCUGAUCACUUAAACUGGUUUGUGUGUAACUUAUGUCCCUAGCCCUGGGCAUCAGUCACUUCACCCUGGAACAAGAUUCAAAACUCAGCUAACUUGCCUGGCAUAGGCUCCUAUCAUUUGUGCUAAUGCACAAGAUAUUUGUUAGAUGGGCAGGGCUAUAUAAAAGCAUAAUGCCAUACUGGUUCAACCCAAUGGUUGGUCUAACCUAACAUCCCAUCUCUGACAGUGACAGGAAUGAAUGCUUUAGAGGGAGAGCAUUGAACAGGGUAUAUCUAAAAUGGAAGAGGGCAGCAUUAUAUUCAUACACACACACACACACACACACACACACACACACACACACACACACACACACACCUGCUCACUCAUUACUAGUAAUCAUAUGUGCUCAACCAUGCCAGCUUCAGUCCAUUUUCUUGGUGAGCAGAAUGACUUUUUGCCACUCUUCCUUCUUGACUCUGUAACUUCCCUUCUCAUAGAUUUCUAGGGUCGGAAGGGACCUGGUAGAUCAUUGGGUCCGACCCCCUGCUCCAGGCAGGAAAGAGAGCUGGGGUUCUCAAAUUACUGAAAAAAGUUAGAUUGAUCACUCUUGUUUCCUCAUGUUAGUACAAGUAUGAAAGAAAGUGCAGAACCUGAAAGCCAAACACAGAGCCAGUCCUUUAAAGCCUAAUUUUUUCACAAGGAUGUGGGCUAGCAUCUGUAGUGAAUUUCACUUUUCUUAGCACCUGCAUGGCUGGCAUCCUUCACAUCAGUACUUGGACUCCCCCAUCUCAACCCCCAGUAUGGUAAUUUACAAGGAAAUAAUUUGAGGAUUUAGCUGAUGCAUAGGUGUAUUUAUAUGCACUUCUGUGAUCACAAGGUCAUAUGUCCCAAGGAACCCCACAAAUUUCAGAAAUUCCUAUCUGGGAUGAAUAGAUCUUGUUUGUUAUAACCUGUGGGCAAAUGUUUCUGUUCUGUGAAGCCUGCUCAAAUCAAAAAGCCUUUUCAAAACAGCUUCCUAGCUUUCUAUGGGGGAAUUAAACUGGUGCUGAUUUUAUCAGUCAUACAAUCCUGUUUCAGUCUAGUCCCCAGGUCUUUCCACAUAUGAUAGCUGCUCAUAUGAUCUAUUUCUCAUAUUUCCUGAGGAUACUUUCCCAGCCUCAAAAACCACACCUGGCUAAAGCAAAAUCUCUUAAAUUAAACAAAUUGCAGCAGAAGCAAUAAACAGAAUCAGCUGACGUGGACUAGAUAAGCCAAUUUUGCUUUACCAGUUUCCCAUUUGAAAAGUGGCUUGAAAUAUGUAAAGCUGAAAAUGUUCUUCUACUCUUACCCCAAAGGAAUCUCCUUACAAUUUAUUUCUGCUGGCACUGUAUCCUUUAACAAAAGGUGAAGUGGAAUUUGACUGAAGAGAUCAUUUCUCUAAUGCUGCAAGGCAGGGGCAAAUUAAAAGCCUUACGCAUACAGGAUGUUCUAUAUUCAUGAUGCUUUAAAAGUGUAGUUAAUUAUUUUAACCACGAUAAGAAGCAUUGCUGGGUUAUUUGAUAAAUUUAGAGUAAUUUGUUUGGUGCAGUACAUAGAGGGCAAUGUAAAACCUCAACAUGAUUGAACUAUGUGACGCUAAGCAGUCAAUUAUAGGUCCUAUGGGAUUUCAACCAGUUUGCAAAGUAGAUGUUUGGGAAGAAACAAUUGAGAAUGUUUUAUAAAUGUCCAGGGCCCAGGUUACCCUUUCAUCAUACACUAACCACCAUUUAGUUCAGUGGGUGUUGCAUGCAGGUAGUUGAAAGUGAAUUGGGUCAAAAAUUAUUUUUUCCUUAUUUCAUUUUUUUAGAAGUAGCUUUAUUGACUUUAAAGCAAAUGAAAAAAGAUUCAUAAACAUAAUGUAAUCUCUGGACAAGGAACAAAGCACCACUCUGCAGAAAUACUGGCCCUCUACCCCAUCUUCUGUUCCCCCAACAAUUUUCAUGUACCUCUCACUUGCCAGUCUGUCUCUUACUAGAGAUGAGAGAGAAAUUUCUUCCAUGUCAUGUGAAAAGCUUUAGAUUUCCCAUUCAUCUCAUAAUGAGAAUCUCAUAGGAAGUAAUAUUGCCUAGUCAAUUUUAAGAGAGGCAUGCAAAAGCUAUCUGUGUCACUGGGUAAGGAUCAAAAUAUUUCUGCAAGAAAGUCAACUACUGACUAUGUUUAGAAAGAUUUUGUAAUCUCAUCAAAAUGAAAAAACUGACAUAGUAAAUAA